AGAAGUUGUGCAGCAGUGCAUUAAGUGUUAUCAAAAGUGACGUGUGCGCAAAUGAAACAAACCAAGCCAGGAAGUGGUCUGUGCAAACCAGGAACCAUUGCUCUGUUUGGUAACGUGGUCUACAGCGGGUUGCUCAACGAGCACUUCUGGCACUUCGGGGUUCCCCUCGUCACCAGACUGGGUAACCAAGAGGCCCCAGCUCCCCCUGAAGCCAUGGCCCAACCCUUCCCCCCAGCCCAGUACCCCCCCCCACCACAGAACGGGAUCCCCGCUGAAUACGCCACGCCCCACGCCCACGCCCACCCCCACCCCCCGGCAGACUACACAGGACCCAGCACGGUGAACGAGCACGCCCUGACACUGUACACGCCGACACACUCACAGAGCGAACAGCCGGGAAACGACAGCAACACCCCCAACCUCACAGCCAACACAGUAACGGAGCUAAUGCGUAGCGCGCUGUGUGUUUCCCUGCAGCAGGCAGAAGAGGCUGCACAGACGGAGGUUUCCCAGCUUCACCUGCAAUCCAGCAUCUCGUCGGAGAAGCAGCAGCCCAAGAGGUUACACGUCUCCAACAUCCCUUUCCGUUUCCGAGAUCCUGACCUCCGGCAAAUGUUCGGGCAAUUUGGCAAGAUUUUGGACGUGGAGAUUAUUUUUAACGAACGAGGCUCCAAGGGCUUUGGGUUUGUAACAUUUGAAACGAGUGCAGAUGCUGACCGUGCGCGGGAGAAACUAAAUGGUACAAUCGUAGAGGGACGCAAAAUAGAGGUCAACAAUGCCACAGCCAGAGUAAUGACCAACAAAAAAGUGGCAAACCCUUAUACAAACGGCUGGAAGCUGAAUCCAGUGGUCGGAGCGAUGUACGGUCCUGAGUUCUAUGCAGUGACAGGGUUCCCGUACCCCAGCACAGGAGCAGCUGUGGCCUACAGAGGUGCCCAUUUGAGAGGGAGGGGUCGCGCCGUCUACAACACAUUCCGUGCUGCACCCCCUCCUCCACCCAUCCCUGCCUAUGGAGCUAUGGUCUACCAGGAUGGCUUUUAUGGUGCAGAAAUAUAUGGCGGGUAUGCAGCGUACAGAUAUGCCCAGCCAGCUGGUACUGCUGCAGCUGCGUACAGUGACAGUUAUGGCAGAGUCUAUGCAACAGCAGACCCAUAUCACCAUACGAUUGGUCCUGCAGCUACCUACAGUGUGGGGACUAUGUAACUGAAAGACAGACUAGAGGAGUGAAUACAGAUGGACAUCAACUAAAAAAAGAGAAGAACAGCACGGACACGUGGGACAUUAAAAAAAGAGAAGAACAGCACGGACACGUGGGACAUUAAAAAAAGAUCAACUUAAACAAAAAGAGCCGAUUUGAAAAGGAGCCCUUCUAUCAAGAAUGAUCGGGGAUCUGACAGGAUGGAGGGGGGGUGAGGGCCUGCUCUGGGGCCACGGCCUGAACAUGGAGCCUGUAGUCCUGAAGAGGGGCCCCUGGCUCUGAGCCCUGAAAAACAAACGCUGAGUGGAAGAGACCAAUUAGAGAAGUCACCAUAAAACAUUUUAUUUUUGUAAACUUUUUUAAGUUUAUGAUUUCCAAAAAGAUCAAACACUAAUGUACGUAUAUACAUAUUAUAUAUUAUAUGUGUGUAAUAUAGUAAGUAUGU